AUGGUCUAUAUUACUGCUCAUCCUGUUUCUGAUCCAUAUGAGUUAGCCUCUGCAAUCCAUUGUACCCUCAGAGGUGACACCAAUGCUCCAUUAACAGCAAUGAUCAACUACGUUCCAAGUGCCUUUGCUGCCUUAUCAAACAUGGUUGAUAACAAUGAAUAUCAUGAACAAUGGAGAACGUAUCAAAGUGUUUCACUUCAUGAGAUGACACAUGCACUUGGAUUCAAUGCAUAUUUGGCACCAUACUUUGAAUCAGUUACAUUGGAACGGCCAGCUAUAAUCACAAAGAACCAUGAAUUUGUUAAUUCAAAGGGUAAACAUUAUAAGGUGAACAAACAAUAUAUUCAAACUCCAAAUGUACUGGCAUAUGUAAAGGAUCACUUUGGUUGUGAUGCAAUGCCUGGUGCCGAGUUGGAGGAUAUAGGUGGACUUGGUACCGCUGGAAACCACUGGAAGGCCGCAGUAUUUGGAGAGGAAUUGAUGCUUGGCUACAGCCAAGGAUAUGCUCCAAUCACUGGCUUGACAUUGGCAUUGCUCAAGGACACUGGAUGGUACACAGUUCAUGAAUCAAAGGAUGUCAAGCCAUUGGUGUUUGGUUUGAAGAAAGGAUGUGACUUUGCACUCAAACCUUGUUCCGAUACAACUUGGGGAUUUGAUGGAUAUUGGGAAAUUACUAAUUCAAAACCUGGAUGCUCGGCCACUAGAUCUGGAGUUGGUCUGUCUCAGGUCUGGGUCUAUCCAACUGUACUACCAACUCAAUAUCAACACUUUGAAGAUGGUACAUGGGGUGCACAGAAUGGUCCAGUCUUUGACUAUUGUUUGUUCAACUCUCCAGAGGUAGUGGACAAUUCUGGUAGUUCAUACUAUUGUUUGGAUACAUCAAGAAAGCCAAAUCAAUAUGGUACCAACUUGUCUUCCACAGAGAUGCGACAAUACUCAUCUACAAUUCAGUCAUAA